AUGGGCUGGCAGACUGUUGUGAUCGUGGUGCUAGUGGUGGUGUGUGAGGGGGGUGUGCACGGGGAGGAGGAAGUUGUCAGUAACAGCAACGUCAUCCCCAAGUGCCAGACCACUGUGGCCAGAAAGUACAGUCUGACAUGUCUGAAACUGGACGUCGUGCGGCUCCUGGACAAAUUGGGACACACUCCCGCCUAUCGCUUGCUUCCGGGAGUCUUUCUGGUCCACAAUAACUUCACCUUGGUCUCCACCUUGCCCAAGAACGUCAUGGAUAACGUCACCGCCCUCGAUGUCUUCCUGGCAACUCGGGUGUCCGAGUAUCUCAACUCACUUACUUUGUCCGUCAAAGUUCUGGACUCUGGUACAGUAAACACCGCCAGGAAGCUGAGUGAGCACAUUAUUACAGGGAGAUAUUCCAAUGAUCUUCAGACAGGUCGAAAGAAGGGCGGCGGGGCGAUGUGGGCUGCAGGGACGAUGGCAGCUGUGGGGAUGGCAGCCCUGGCAGCAGUAAGCGGGAAGGCUAUGAUGACCUCCAUGUUGGCCCUGAUGAUGGCAGCAGCGGGGGCUCUCAGGGGUAGCGGCGGGGGCGGCGACUCGGGCAAAUGUGGCUACUCUUAUCCUGCGGCCAAGAGAAGCAUCACGAUCCAGGAGCGGCCCAUAUAUCGCCCAGCUAUCACUUCCACUUACGGACCCGCCACUCCUUGAACUGGCGUUCAUCGAUUUCAUCAAACUUUUAUGUGAAUUACGUUCCUUUCACCCAA